UGUUUAAGCGAGAUUUAUUGUUCUAACCUCUUAAAGGGAGAGUUCUGUAUGCGAGAAAGUGUUUGGAAUAACAGGUCCUUAGUUUGUUGUGAACAAUGGAUAAUUAUAGUUAUUGGAACUAUUGGAAGCGGCCCUUGAAACUUCAUGAACUCAUGGCAGAAAUUGAAAACAUUGAUGACGAUGAGUUGAUUCCUGAUACUAUUGCCGUUCUAAAGCCAGUUAACGCAAAUGAAUAUAACACUGAUGAGGAUUCCGGCGACGAAAAUGAAGUGGAUAUAAACAACCUCCCUGGAAGUCAGCUGAUGACCGAAGUUGAGGUUGUAUUUGAAAACAAGGGAUCAAACUAAACUACAGUUGAGAGUGAUUUUGAUAGCGACGAUGACCUACCUUUGUCUACCUUUCUUACGAAAAAACGACCAAAAUUAUCAAAACCAAAUUACUCUUGGAAAAAAGGUGACAUCAACCAAGACUUUCCAGAAUGGGUAAACGCAACUGGUCCAAAAAAUUCUUUAUCUCCUUUAG